CUUAAUAUUUUUUUCUUAAGAAAGAGAGAAUGUUAACGCACAAAUCUGGGAAGCUUGAGAUACAAUCUCCAGCAGACGAAUUCAUCAAAUAUUUUAUCAGAAAGAAAAGUCAUGUUUCAUUCUUUUAUGCUGCUGAGGACUUGAAGUUCGAAAUUUUGUCGGCGGAUAUUGCGAGCAGAACCGUUACCGUGACCAUACUUGGGACCUUAAUUUCAAAAAGCUACAAAAUGGUCAAAGCAACAUUCACCGUCGCUCCUAGGGAGGAAGACAUUACAAAAAGCUGCCUGGAGUACACCUUCGAGUUCAACGAGAUUAACAAUUACAUCGGAAUAACAGUGAUCGUCGAAUCUCUACUCACGUACAUCUUAAUAAGCGAUGGCAAUAAUAUUAAUGGUGAUAAUUUUAAGUACAACUCCUUCGACGCUGGGUAUCCGGCGGAAGAAUGCUUUAAACGUUACGUCAACGAAUUUAGCGAUGAUGAUGACGUGCGCAUGGAGAACGCGAAUAAUCAGAAAAGGAUAUUUACGGUGAGUUUCAGGAACGCUCCUAACUUGGCGGACGAUAUGUACGAUGAUGAUGAAAGUAUUUUCCAGAUGAUGGAAGUAACCGUCACUAUCACCCCUAAGAAAGGUGAUAACAACCGUAGCUGCGUGAAAUGGACCAUCAAGGUCGAGAAGGUUGAUGAUAACGAGGAAGAAUCAGGCGUCUUUCUCAUAACAGCCGAUCAUAUCCGUGAGACUAUUAUGUUUGCAAUUAAGACUCUUUAAAAAUGUUAUAGAUCGAAAGGUUCAUCUACAUAUAGGGCCGUCUAAAUAAGUGGCACGUAUAUCUAUUUAUAUGUCUAUGUUGCCUGAAUUUCUUAUAACAGUUUGUAUUUGGGGAUG